GUCCGAGCAACUGCAAAAGUUGAUGGACACAAUGGAGGGAUCUACAAUACUUGUUACCUUACUGAGUCUCUGUGUCGGAUUAUCCGAAGCCUGGCCUUCCGGUACAUACUCCAUGGUGGCCCCUCGUACCGGAUGUCCCUCCGGAUUUAAGGUUGGGUGGCGCUAUCAGGACAAUGAGGACGCCGGCACCCAGAACAGAAUAACAACUGACCAUCACUUCCAAGGUUUCUUUUUCAAUGACAUGAUAUCUUAUUACUGCUCCAAAACCUCCAGCUCCGGAUCUGGGUCGUGGCCUCGGGGAAACUACUGCAUCAUGAGAUAUGGUUCUCACUGUCCCUCAGGUUUUAGUUCGGGCAGUAUUUACUGGGAUGACGAAGACACCUACAAUAUCAACGGUAAGGGUGGAUAUCUACCUUCGGGGAGUUUUGACAGUGACACUCGAAUCAACUACUGCUGCAGGAGUGACGGAAGCAGCAAAUCUUACAUUUCACUCCCCCACACGGAUCCGUUCUACCUGAUGCGUUACACGUCCUCCUGCCAAAGGGUCAGUGGUAUGUCUGUUAGAGAGGAAGUCAUAGAAAUGGAUGACGAAGACACGUUGAACUCCGACUCGGUGUCCGGAAGUCAUCCAAUGGAAUCCGGAAGCGGAAAUCAUCGUCUUUACUACUGUUACUAUACCCCUUACUAAGCAAAAAUUUCUGUAAUUUUCUCUGUUUCUUUUGGAACGAUGAAUAAACCACUGCUACAUGUA